AAUCUUACAGAAUAAGUGUGAAAUGAGGAUACAUUAAUCAUUCACACCCUUAAAAUCUGAAGCUUGGAAGAAAACGCAAUGGCAACCCAAUCGGGCUGCGAGGAGGACUACUGCGGCUGCUCAAUCUCAGCCCCUGCAGCAAGGAAAUGGAGAGCACUCGGGUUUCGGCAAGGAGCGCGGCAGCAAGGAAAGACAGUGGCUACAGACAGCGGCAAGGACACAGGUAUGGUUUUGCAGGCGACUACCGUCAGCGGCAAGGAUACAGGCAUGGUUCUACAGAUGUACGGCAGGGUGGUUGAUGUGUACCUUCCGAGCAAACGAGAUAAGAGAGGGAAGAGGUAUGGUUUUGUGCAGCUAACAGGGGUAAAGGAUGAGUUUCAAAUGGAGAGGAGGCUGAAUGAGAUGUGGAUUGGAUCGUAUAAGAUGAGAGUAAAGAUUGCAAAUGCCAGACAGAGGAAAACUUCAACGCCCAGGAAGGUUCAAGGCGUGCCUAAAGUCAAUGGAUCAAAAUGCAGCAUGAAUAGAUUGGUUCAACCAGGGCAUUCAUAUGCACAAGCAGUGAAGGGACAAGGAAAAAGGGCAGAUAAGGUAGCAGAACAACUUCAGGAAAAGGAAAAAGAAGCAGCCCCGGAAAAGGAAGUUGUCAAAACAUGGCUACAGGAAAAUAUGGAUGUAGAAAAAACAGAGGAGACUAUUGAAUACACCCCAAUGAGAGAAGAGCUGCAAUGGCUUGAGGGUGGCAUGGUGGCAGUGGUGAGGUCAAUGGCGCUGGUGCCCGAGAUUCAAGAGCAAAUGGAUGCUGAUGGAGGCUCAAUCUCGUUAACACCAAUUGGGGGUAGACGGAUGCUUCUAACUAAAAGAGUUGCAGGGUCUUUAUCCGAUUAUAUGAAGCACAAUCAGGAGUUGUUUGGAUUGUGGUUUGAAUCUAUAAAACCAUGGGAGAUGGCACCAGAGGAGAAAAGCCGAAUGAUGUGGGUACGAAUUUCGGGAGUGCCAUUAAAGGCAUGGGGUGAAAGGUGUUUUCAGAUGAUAGGCGAGACAAUCGGAGAAGUUUUGAUGGUUCAUGAGGAUACAAAGAAGAAAUCCAUUCUAUGGGAUGGGAGAAUAGAGAUAAUUGAAGAGGAAUGGCGCUCCGAUCCGGAUUGGUGGCUAUCGGAGAAUGACCGGAGAAGUGACUUGGAAACAGAGUCCGAAUACUCAAACUCGUGGUGUCAGAAUGAGGAUCAAGAACUGGAUACGGAUGUGAUGUGCGACGGCGAGGAUUCAAAUAACGGGUCAGAGCAUUUAAUGAAGGAUUUGGUUUCAAUUUCAAAACUGGAGAUGGCAACGGUAACGGAGAAAUGUAAUCAAGUUGUGAAAGAGACAGAGUUGGAAGGGGAAGCAAGCCUUGGGCUGUCCGAGGAAGCUGGGCCACAAAGGCUGAGUUGUGUUGGGCUAGAAGAAAACAGUGGGCUGUCUAAUAGGAUGGGCUGGGGACAGAUCAAGGAAAUGAGCAUAGAGGAGCCCAUUUUACAUGCUCAAAACCAGACGGAUUCACCGUCAAUACAGAAAUCAGAAAACUCAAAGAAGGUGAGCAAAAAACAGAGGCUUCUCAAAGAGUGUUAUCCAGAGAGCAUGGAGGAGAUCUGGGCAAAAGCAGCACCGAGAGUUACACCAAGAACAAGGCAGCGACAGGAACGGAGAGAGGGAACCGGCCAAGCUGGGGAUGAAAAGGUAUGCAACGCUGCUGCUGUUUCUAUUUCAGAUGGGUGUAUUGUAAAUAGAAAUAGGGUGUUGCAGAGGGAGAUGAACAUGCAUGAGGUGCGCCGGAUGAUGGGGGUGGGGAAGAGAUUGGGUUUUAAUUUUGAGAAUGAUGAAGAAGAGAUUCAAUCAAAGUUACUAGAGAUUAUAGAUCGAGAAGGGGCAAGGCGGAAGGACGCGUCGGGGUUGGGCUUGGGUGGGUCGCUGAAAAAGAAGGAAGUGAGAAGGCUCGUUACGGAAGAGAAGCCCGAUUUUCUUUUCCUGCAGGAAACAAAGUUGGAAAAGGUGGAUGUAGAUAUCUAUAGCCAGUUAUGGAGUUCAGAUGAGUUAGGUUGGGUUGCGAAGGGCUCGGCUGGAGCCUCAGGGGGAUUACUAUGUAUAUGGGACAGGCGACACUUUGUUAAGAGGGAAGAAUUUAUUGGAGAUGGAUUCGUGGGAAUUUCAGGGGAAUGGAGAGCAAAUAAACAGCAGUAUUUUUUAGUAAACGUGUAUGGCCCUAAGGAUAGACAGAAAAAGGCUAGUUUGUGGAAGGAGCUGAGGAGAAUGGUGACAGACAAGGAGGGAUGUUGGUUGAUAGCAGGGGAUUUCAAUGCAGUGAGAGAACCUGGGGAGAGACGAGGAAGAACAGGAGAGAGCCCGGUCAUGAAAGACUUUGAUGAGUUUAUUGUGUCAACGGAUUUGGUGGAUGUCAAAUUGACAAAUCGAAGGUAUACAUGGUACAAGCCAGAUGGUACAGCAAGGAGUAGAUUGGACAGAUUUUUAAUGAGUACUGAGAUGAGUAAUUUGGAAGGGGAGUGGAUACAACAAGGAUUGCCAAGGAAUAUCUCUGAUCACUGUGCAAUUGUGUUGAAGUCCAGAUCAGCAGAUUGGGGACCAAGACCUUUCCGGGUUUUGGACGCAUGGCAACAACAUCCAGAUUUCAAGAAGUUUGUAGAAGAUAAAUGGAAGGAGAUGGAGGUGGAGGGUUUUGCAGGGUAUAAAUGCCAGAAAAAGCUGAAAUUGCUCAAAGGAUUCUUAAAAGGUUGGAACAAGGAAGUCUUUGGAAAUAUGGACACUCAAUAUGAACAGGCUGUAAAGAAGAUUGAGCAGGUUGACAUGCAGAAUGAGAUAUCUGAUCUGGAAGAUGCUGAGAUUGUGAAGAGGCAAGAAGGCUUCUCUGAGAUGUGGGAUGUUUUGAGAAAGAAGGAACUUAUAUGGAAGCAGAAAUCAAGAAGUAAAUGGGUGCGUGAGGGAGAUGCAAAUACCCGUUUUUUUCAUAGAGUCGCAAAAGGAAGAAGGGCACAUAAUAAUAUUGCGGGUUUAAUGUGUGAAGGGGCAUGGAUUGAUGAUCCAAAUUUAGUAAAAAAUGAGGUCUGCAGAUAUUUUAGAAGCCUGUUUCAAGGAGAGUCAUGGAAUAGACCCAAGCCGGGGGAUAUUAGAUUCCACCAGAUCUCUGAGGAGAAAAAGGAUUGGCUAGAAAGACCUUUUUCAGUUGAAGAAAUCGAGGAAGGGUUAAGGAGCUGUGAUGGUUCAAAGGCACCGGGACCUGACGGGUUCAAUUUCAACUUCCUAAAAUUUGCGUGGCACUGCAUAAAGGAGGAUUUCAUCAAUUUCUUUUCUGAAUUCCAUCGUAAUGAGGGGUUACAAGGUCUGGUACAGAGAGCAAUAAAGGAGGGAAUGUUGCAUGGGAUUGAGAUUGGAAAGAAAGGUUUGUCUAUGUCGUUGCUCCAGUUUGCUGAUGAUACGAUUAUUAUGGGCAGAGCGGAUACUGAGAAUAUACGCAUGGUGAAGGACAUCCUAAAAUGGUUUGAGCUUAUGUCCGGAUUGAGGAUUAACUUUAGCAAGAGCAAUGUUUUUGGUUAUAAUGUGUCGGAGAAAUGGCUUAAAGGUUCAGCGGGUAUGUUACAUUGUAGGGUUGGUAAAGCACCUUUUCUGUAUCUGGGAUUGCCUGUUGACGGAAAAUUUGGGAACAAGAAAUUAUGGGAGCUGGUUGUAAAUAAAUUCCGUGCCAAACUCAUUGUCUGGAAGGCCGCUACUCUUUCCUUUGGAGGCCGCCUCAUCUUGCUAAAUUCGGUACUCUCUGCACUACCUUUAUUUUAUAUGUUUUUAUAUUUAUUACCAAAAUCUGUGCUUGAGGAGUUGAUUAGAAUUCAAAGGAAUUUUUUAUGGGGCGGGACAAGGACAAAUAAGAAGAUUUCUUGGGUUAAAUGGGAAAAUGUGUGUCGUGCUAAAGCCAAGGGGGGUCUUGGGGUGCCAGAUUUACAGAGAAAAAAUUGGGCAAUGCUAGGAAAGUGGUGGUAUAGGUUAGGUGACGGGGUCGAGAGUUUAUGGAAAAAGGUGGUGAGGGAGAAAUAUUAUGGUGGUACGGAGGAAGUCGAUAUUACUUCGAUUGAGGGUUUAAGGGUGUCAAAGCUUUGGAGGGACAUUAUUAGGAUAGGGGGUCUGUCUCUCAAACUUAGGAUCAUGCUAGUUGAGGGCUUCAAGUGGGAGGGUAGAUGGCGGUGGAGGGUGGAGUGGAGGAGGGGCACAAUAGGGAGAGAGAAAGAUGAGGAGGAGUUGCUGGAGAAGGUGCUGGAGGGGGUCAAAAUAAAGAAGGGGGCUGGGGAUGUUUGGAAAUGGGUCCAUGUGAUGGAUGGCCAAUAUGGGGUGAAGCUAGCGUAUGAUUUUUUAGCUUCUACGGAGAGGGUUUUGGAGGACCAGAUGUGCAAACUAAUAGGCUGCAGGUUGGUGCCCUCCAAAGUGGCUUUUUUUGGGUGGCGAUUGUGUUUAGAUAGACUCCCAACUAAGAAUAACUUGCAAAAACGAGGGAUAUUGUUGCAGGAGGGGGUGUUGAGUUGGUGGGGAUUGGAGUCUGUGCUGCCCAAUACAGUUGUGGGAUUGGCAGAAUUAUUCAUAGGAGGAUUGGGCAAAAUAGUUGGGAAAGAGAUGGGAUCAUGUAUUUUUCUAGUGGUCGCCUGGUAUUUAUGGUAUAGACGGAAUGUUCAAGUGUUUCGAAAAGAUGAAGGAAUACCAGAAAACCUGCUGGAAAGGAUGCAAGUUAAGACCUUUUUAUGGGUUAAAUCCAAAGUCAAUGGCUGUGUUUUUUCCUUCUAUGAAUGGCAAUUCUGUCCUAUGGAGUGUGCUAUGUCUGUCAAAAACCAUAAAAGGAUGAGGAAGCAAUUCUACAAAGCCGUCGCGUCUUCUAGUUGAUGGAUAGGCGGAGCAGUUGUGUCUUCAAAUGUUUAGUUUGGCCACCUGACGCUUUUUGUGUAUAUAUUGUAGUUGUUCAGCUGUGCCUUUUUCUGGUUAAUUGGAGAGUGGCUCUCCUCUGUUGUGGUUUCCAAUUUUUGUAUAUGGGCAGGAGCACCCCUUGUGCUUCAUUAAAUUAAAAUUUCUUUG